AGUGUCAAAGAAAUUGACAGAUGUACGGCUUUCUGAAUGUUGUAAUGUGAUUGUUUGGGCAAUUUGUAUUCGAUUUGUAAGAUUAUCGUUGUUAUUUCCCGCCAAAAAGAAUACAAGCUUAUUUCUUAACCUAAAUUCAAUAAAUUUUCAAAGCACACGAUCAUGGGGAAAAAAACUCAAGCUAGUGCUACCAAAAACAAAGAAAAGCGCCAAGCAAGGAAGCUGGAACAGCGAAAAAUAGCAGAUGGAAUGUCAAGUGUAACAUCGGCGAAUAAACUGAAAGACAUGGCUACUCUGUGCAAGGAACUGCUGGUGUACCGGAAUAAUGAGUUAGAAGUAGAAAUGUACAUUCAGCGCGUCACUGAACUUGACAAAAAUGUGCUUCAGUGGGCGAUUGACUUGACUGAAAGGAAUAUGAAACGGCUAUAUGAAACUUGUGCUUGGGGCUGGAACCGGGACCGCAAAGUAGAGGAGAUGACAGAUGAAGGAGCAUGGUACCUCAUUGCCAGGGAGAAGAAUGGCACGCUCCUGGCAUUCUCACAUUUCAGAUUUGAUAUGGAUUUUGGAGACCCAGUACUUUAUUGUUACGAGGUGCAAGUGGAGGCGGAGGGACGGCGACGUGGCCUGGGGCAGCGGGUGCUCAUCGUGUUGGAGAAGCUAGCCAACGCCACGCGCAUGCGCUGUGUGCGACUCACGGCGCUCACGCACAACCCCUCCGCGUCCGCCUUCUUUAGAGCUUGCGGGUACAGCUUAGACGAGACGAGUCCACCCAAAGAUGAAGCAGCUCACUACGAGAUCCUGAGCAAGUCGACAGACAGCCCCGACGGUGAAUCUUCCGAAGACAAAUGUUCCCUCAGUGAUGGCAUGCGCGCAGUACAAGUGGUCAAUACUCAAUGACCCCUGCUUCAAACUACUCACUAGUGACUCAAAGAACUUUCCAUAGACACUUAAUUUAUAGUUCGAAACUUCUUACAAGUGUGACUCUUUUUAUUCGUGUUCCAUAGACAGUAAUUUAAUUGUUCGGAACUUCUUUCUUCAAAGUGUGACGCAUUUUUUUCUUGUUUCAUAGACUUUAGUGUAAUUGAAUUGAACUUUAGAAUCUUCUUGCAAGUGUGUCUUUAGAAAAAUGCUUAUUAUUCACAAAUUACUAUGUUAUUGAUAACAGAAGACUAUAUCUGAUAUUUUUUUACACUGCCGUAGCAAUCGUUUUGGAUUCAAAGAUUAUAGAAAUGAUGACUAUAGAUUGCUAGUUGCUCGAGUAGAAUAUAAGUGUAAAAUGUAGUAGAGACUUUUCCCGCUAAACUUUAUGCAGGCUCGCAACAUCGGGUGAAAUAUUGCGCAGAAACCUAUUUAUUGUAUCAGAGAGCGGUGUAGACAGAAACGCCAUCAAGUUUGGCAAGAACUGUACAGUUAGUUACAUCGAAGUUUAUUGAUCUAUACAUAAUUCACAUAAUCUCUAUGCAUCAUCACAAAUCCACUUUAACACAACUCUCUCUUGGAUCUGUUUACAUAAUUGUAUUCAAAUUAUUUAAUUAUUCUAAGUUUGAAGGGCGUACAUAAAGCAUAGAAGUUAUUUAAAAAUAAUAUAGGUAGAUACAUAGAAGUCACAUCAAAGUCAAAUAAUUUUUUUUUUAAUAAUUCAAUGCAAUGCUGUAUAAUAAUUUCGCUGAUUUUAAGUACUUUAUAUAAAUGCAUAAUGGGUAAUCGUCUUUUUUAUAACCAGAACCAUAAAUAAUAGCAUAAUUUAUGUUUUUUAUUUCUUUAAUCGUGUGAAUCUUACAAAAUAUUAUGUACUUAGAAAAAAUAAAAAAGAUUAAAAUUAAUAGGACAAUUAAAAGUUUAAAAAAUA